AUGGUUCGGACAAAUCUCUGUUGCUUUUUGUGUCCGACAAAUCCAAACGUACAACUUACAGAGAUUGUGUUGGAACUUCAGAAGCAGAUGAGACAGAUGAAAAAUUUUAUAAAGAAGAUGAAGAGAAAAGCUCAUGCAAGAAAAUCAUCAUUUCACACACUGCUAUCUCGUACCAAGAAGCAUCGGACAUCUCAUUUGGAAGAACAGAAUGUUCCUCCCACACAUCAGAGCGGUGUUGAGCCUUCACACGUCAAACCACGCGAUAUCGAUCUGCCAACUGACAAGGUGAUGUUCAAUACGCAUCCAGCCAUCUAA